UUUUAAACCGCAGCCAACUUCAUACAAAAUGUCCUUUCUUCCGGUUCACUUUGUCAAGCAAGAUGCCUGGUGUAACAGUUAAGGAUAUUGAUCAGCAUGCUGUUGUAAAGCAUGUCGCUGUCUUCUUGAAGAAGACUGGCAAGCUAAAGGUUCCAGAGCAAAUGGACAUCAUCAAGACAGCCAAAUUCAAGGAACUAUCACCUUACGAUCCUGAUUGGUUCUACAUUCGUUGUGCAUCGAUUCUUCGUCAUUUGUACCAUCGUAGUCCAGCUGGUGUUGGCUCCAUAACAAAAAUUUACGGUGGUCGCAAACGAAAUGGUGUCCAUCCAUCCCAUUUCUGUCGUUCAGCCGAUGGCUGCGCACGCAAGGCUCUCCAGGCUUUGGAACACGCCCGUUUGAUCGAGAAGCACCCUGAUGGUGGCCGCAAACUUACCUCCAUCGGACAACGUGAUUUGGAUCGCAUUGCCAACCAAAUUGUGGUUAAGCAAAGGGACGCCCGCAAGGAAACUGGACCAAUCGUGAUUUCCAAGUAAAAUAUUAGUUAGUGGCGAGUAUACAGUUUUUAAUAAAAAAAAAAAAAUGAAAAAA